AUGGAAGCUUCACCAAUAACCGUGGCUGUUAUUCACACUCCUUACUGGAAUCUAUCAGAUGUCGGUUGCCUGAGAAAUGGAUCGCACAACGUCUUGAUACCUGCACUUCUUUACCUCCGAGCCUCCGAUAUUGAGAAGACACCUUCUUCACCUCCUACAUCGCAUCGCUCUCGAGAACGAAAGAGGAAAUGCACUCAAAGAAAUCAUCGCCACUCAGCUGAGAAGCAUCUGUAUCAGUCUUCUCAUGACUCAGAUACGGAGCAUUCAAACCCAUCUCCCUGCUCAGUGGGCUCCAAUGAUUCAAGCGGCCAGAAUGAUAGAGACCCCUCAAACAUUCUCUAUAAAUUGAAUACGACGGACCACGAACGCCUGCUAAUAAAUGAUCUCGACAAUGAGAGACGGCAUGAUGAGUAUUACUGUUCGGCUCCGUCAACUCCAGGUUAUACACCCGCAUCAAAAAAGAGAAGAAGGCAUGACGACGACGUAUCGAGAGCGAGGGAACGGAAGUCGCCAGAAGAGGAGAAGGACGAGUAUGAGCGAUGGGUAAUAGGUUCUUGGGACAAUCUAUUCUCAAGAGCAUCUAUAUAUCCUGACUGGGUGACAUUCCUCGUGCUAAAGGCUACUAUUCUUGAGGAGCAGAAGACUAUACUUCGCCCUAGUGACAGCUGGGAUGAGCAGUUCAAGCGGUUGUGGUAA